CCAAUGGGUUUGGCAACAAUCUUUCUAUCAUUUACAUUUUGAUGCACGUUAUCAAUUUCAAAAAGAAAAAUUUUGAAAGAGCUACCCAAAACAAAAACAUGAGUAUAGUAACUGAUAAGAGAUUUUGUUAUUCCAGGAACUGAUUCCUCAACAAUGUAUCUACCGAUUGCCAGUGUUCUAGUAUCUCUAUAUUAAGAUUUUUUCCAAAUCUCAAAUAGAGAUAGCACUGGCAGAGAGUGAAGGAGUUAAGUCUAUACCACUGGAUAAAGCUUAUUGCCGACUUAUUCUUGGAUAGCUCAAAAAGGUACUGAGCUGGGAGGGGAAAACGCAUUUUUAAUUGGAAAAAAAAAAGUUUCCAACAGUGAGUAAUAUCUUCCUUCCCAGCUGACUGCGAGUUAAGUGUCGGUACCAUGACUGGGCCUAUGCUAAGUAAUGGGGUUUCACUACGUUACCCUCCAAUAUUGUACAGAUAGGAAACCGAAGCCCUGCGUGGCAGGACCGGGAAGGAAAGCACCGGCACCACACCCUCCCUCCGGCCGCCGGCUCGCAGUGACAGCAGCCCCGCGCAGCAGCGAGGCGCCGGGCCUGGGCGCGCUGCGCCGUUGGGCACUCGUUGCCCGGCCUCGGUCUCUGGCCUGCCGCUCCGCCGCCGCCCCACCCGCCCCCGCGGCCCGCCCCCGGGGCGGACGACCAAGGCCUAAUCGCCUCCCGGCUGCGGGGCCUAGGGGUGGCAGGAGCCGCGGAUGAGGAGAGACGCCUGUGCCGCCGCCUUGGCUCUUCAGCGCGGCGGCGGCGGCGCCCGCGGCCCGAGGCUCCGGCUCUCCCGCUCACGUGCUGCCCGAAAGAUGGUU